GAUUUCAAAAUCCCCCGACUUGUCUUUGACGAUAACGGAUGAUGACGACUAUAACCUAAAUAUCAAUGGACGGCCCUGGUUGUUCAGCGAGAGCAUGUUCUUCAGGGCUGAUGGUCGGAUGUUCUCUGUGGAGGAGGGCACGCUCACCCUAAUCAGCGUCACGAAUGGGAGCGGCGUGGAUAGAAUGGGUCAAUGGAAUUCUGUGGACUUUCUGUACAAGGCAGGGUCCCAUCAGAUGCAGACAAGCGUCCUGUAUUACAUACAACCCAUUUACCCACUGGUGCUGUUUAAACAGGUCAUCCAAUAACACAUAUGCCAAGCAGAAUGGGGGAAACUACAAUUUCAUUAUUGAUGGACAUAAAGCACUACCAACAGAAGAGCGAUUCUGGACAGAUCUCAUGUCUUCCGCGCGACAGUGGGGACUGCUUGUUUAUGAACAGGACUUUCUAGACACCCAGUUUGACUCGGUGACCCAGCUUCACACUGACGUGCAUCUAGCCAAGCAGUGGUUGAAGGAGAUGGGUAAUGGAGCAGCAAAGAAUGGCUUGAGAAUCCAGUAUUGUAUGUCCUACCCCCGCCACGCCCUUCAGUCGCUGGAAAUUCCCGUAGUAACACAGGCAAGGGUAAGCAGAGACUACCACCCAGGCGACGACCACUGGAAGAUUGGCGUGUCAUCACUCUUGGCUUGGGCCAUUGGUGUAGCUCCGUAUAAGGACAAUUUCUGGACAUCAGUUCAACCUGGCAACACAUACAACGCGUCAGAGCCGAAUACAGCGCUACUAGCAGUCGUCUCUACUCUGAGCACUGGACCUGUUGGGAUAAGUGAUAUGAUCGGCGGCUCGAACAAGUCUUUGAUCAUGAAAUCCGUAAAUGCGGACGGACUUAUUUUGAAACCAUCCCGUCCUGCAACUGCCAUAGACAAUACAAUUCGAAGAAUGGCCUGGGGAGACUUUGAGGGACCAGACGGAGAGGUGUGGUCAACAUAUUCAGAUUUUGGAGGGAAGAACAAGUUUGGUAUCAUCCUUGCUGCGGAGUUGACUGGUAAUUACACGAUGACGCCCGGCAUGGCUGGCUUCCAAGGAUUCCCAACUUCCAUGAUCUUCCCUUACAACAACCCCAGCAAGAUCCAGCCUCUGACAGACGCUGACCCCAUUACCAUGACUGGCUGUGGUACAGUGGACUUCUGUCUGUUCUAUGUGUCACCUGUCCUUCAAGUUCAAGGGAAGAAGGUGCUUGUUCAGGGCGAGUUGGCCAAGUGGGUCCCGAUGUCCCCGCAGAGAGUGACUGACAUCAGCAUCGGGGACGACAUCCUCAUCAGCCUCACAGGGGCAGCGGCAGAAACCGUCCUCCCCUUUGACCUGCACCCUCGGACCAGGCGGCCGCGCCACUCUCAGCUUCAGUCAACAAGCAUGCCGUGGAGAAUGAAGCCAUAUUUGAAGCCACAUUUUAAUUUUUCCUAUAUUUACGGUUCGACAAACCGGAGCUAA